GUAGACCAGGGCAUAAUGCCACCUCUAAAGAGCCCAGCUGCAUUCCAUGAGCAGAUACGCAGCCUGGAGAGAGCCCGGACUGAGAACUUCCUGAAGCACAAGAUCCACAGCCGACCAGAGAGAUCUGAGCUGGUCAGAAUGCACAUCCUCAAGGAGACUGGGGCAGAGCCCUCCCUGCAGGCCACCCAGAUGAAGCUGAAGAGGGCCAGGCUGGCUGACGACCUGAAUGAGAAGCUGGCUCAGCGCCCCGGUCCCAUGGAACUGGUAGAAAAGAACAUUCUGCCUGUAGAACCCAGCGUCAAGGAGGCCAUCAUUGUAAACUACCCCAAAGCACUGGACGCCUACGGGUUUGAGGAGGACAGCGGGGAUGUCCUGUCUCCAGAGCAGCCGGCCAGCCACGAGUCCCAGGCCGCCGCACCCUCCCCUGGGGAACCCCGCGCCCUGGAGACCCCCUGUCCACCACCGCUGCCCACCAUAACCACCAACCAUACCAUCCUACAGCCCUUCCCUGUUGUCAGCCAGGCAACAGCAGACUUCCUCAAAGCUCUCUCCACCAAUGAGCCACCAGUUAGUCGCCCAGCUCCCGCACCUCAGCCAAUAACCACUGUUGCUUCUCAAAAGCCAGGGCCCACCCUAGUGAAACAGAGCCAGCCCAGGCAGCCGGGGGAGAGGAAUCGCAGUAAGAAGGGCAAGGAGCCCAAGCCCCGGAUCAAGAAGUUAAAGUACCACCAGUACGUCCCCCAGGACCAGAAACAGGAGGCCAGCGAAGCCCCCAUGGACUCAUCCUACGCCAAGAUCCUCCACCAGCAGCAGCUUUUCCUCCAGCUGCAGAUCCUCCACCAGCAGCAGCAGCACUAUAACUACCACACCAUCCUCCCAGCACCCUUAAAGCCUGUAGCUGAGGGUCAGAGCAGCGCUGUGAACGGUCUGCCAACCUCUAUAGUGGUGUCCCUGCCGCCUGCCGUCACUGUCCCGCCUCCCACCCCUGUCCGCCCCAACAGCAUAUCCAACCGCAAGCCUGGCCACCUGUCCCCCAACCUGGAGGACAUGAAGGUGGCCGAGUUGAAACUGGAGCUGAAGUUGCGAAGUCUCCCUGUGUCAGGGACCAAGACUGAUCUCAUUGAGAGGCUGAAGCCUUACCAGGAGAGCCCCAGCACCCCAGCUCUGACCCCCGGCCCGAACACCCUCCCAUCCUCAGUCCCCAUGGAGGUCAGCUCAUCCCCCGCACUUCUCCUAGCUGCCCAUCAGUUGGCACCAGAGAGCAUGAGCUCCACACCCCCAGUAUCCCCAAUCCCCACAGACCUCUCCACCGUUAGAGACAACAGAGGGGUGUCCGAGCUAUUUUGCGACCCCCAGAGGGUUAGUCCCGGUCGUGCAGGCGUGGGGAUGUCCCCCCUGAGGCCGGGUGUCCCGGAGGAGAAGGAUUCGCGGCUCCAUGAGAAGGAGCGUCAGAUCGAGGAGCUGAUGAGGAAGCUGGAGCAGGAGCAGAGGCUGGUGGAGGAGCUGAAGAUGCAGCUGGAGGUGGAGAAGACCCAGCCUCUACAGGGACCCUCCACAGACUCUGUCCCCGUGAUCCAGACCUCCAACAAGGUCAAACUGGAAGACAGGGUCCUCCCUAACUGCUCAGCAAUGGGUACUGCAAACAUGGCUCCCCAGACUCACCCUCACUCUCUUCCCACUGUGGUGAAGCUGGAGGAUGUGCUCUGCAACUCCCAGCCCCCGCACCAGCCCUACCUCACCCCCACCCUGCCCCAGUUCUUCAUCAGCCACCAGGUUGUAGGCCAGCCUGGCACCCAGACCCUGCUUGCAGCCCAGGAUGGCACUACCCAGAUCCUCCUGCCUGUCCUCCAGGCUACGAUAUCAAAUCAAGCCCCAGGCCUGAUCCAGGCCUCAGUGCCCCAGGUACACACCACCAAGAUGGAGACUCGGCAGGCCUCAACUCAACAGCAGAUACUUAAUCAUAACCACAUGCUGCAGACUUUCACAGCGUGCAACGGCCCUGGCUCUGGGAUGGUGGAGAACCAGACAGGGCCUGACAUGCAUCCCCAGUGUUUCCUGAGAAGCUCCCCAGAUAACAGGCUCUCUCCCCGGGGGGCUUCACCCAACCACACCCUCUCCAAUGGGCCUGUCAACAAGUCCCCCUCUCCAUCUCCAUCCCAGCCCACCUUCAUCCUCCAACCCUCCUCCCUCGUGACCCAGCCCCCCAUGGCCAGGCAGCCCCCUCGCUACGAGGAUGCAGUCAAACAGACACGCAACCUGAAGCAGGCCAACAACCUCACACAGGUUUCCACGGCAACCAGCCAGGAGAUGGACGACCUAUUUGACAUCCUGAUUCAGAGUGGAGAGAUCACUCCUUUCAUCCAGCAGCCGGACCUUCUGUCUCUCGGCACCAAGACUGUUCCUAUCACAGCCAACAUCACUACCCUCCCUGUCAACACCGCCCUGUCCAGGCCCCCUCCACAGAUCCAGGUAGCUCCCCCCCCCAUCUCGCCCGUCGACCCACUCCAUCUCCCAAGCCUGGCCUCCAUGACCUCAGACAAGCAGUUGGAGGCCUUCCUGGAGGGAACCCUGAACGAUCCGUCCCCAACCACGGACCUCCGCACCCUGGGUCUGAUCGAGGAGCUGCAGUCCCAGCUUCUGGAUCAACCCUACUCCCCCAUGGACACCUCGGAGCUGUCCUUCUGCGACUCCACGUCUCCCCCCUCCUCCCUCAAUAUGGGCAUGUCUGACACAGCCCUGGACAACAUGGAGUGGCUGGACCUAACCAUGCCGCCCGGCCCCGCGGGGGGGCUUACACCACUGGGGAUUCCUUCAGACUUCCUGGAUACACACGACCUGCAGCUGCACUGGGACUGA